AGGCGUCGAUUUGGUGUCUGAGAUCUCGGGAAUGGUGGUCAUGUUGGCUGCUACGGUAGCAUUUGCUGACUCCUAGUUUCUCAAGCCACCUCCUCUGUCGAGAAGCGUUCUCUAUAUAUCUGCUCACGAUUCUCAGCACGUUCGUUUAAGCUUGCCCUGACUUGUGCACCUUUCGCUCGCUUUUCUUCUCUGCUAUCGGCCACGGUGCCUUUACGUUCAUUUCAUUCCUACCAACCCCAGGAUCAGUGAUUGCUGGUUUACAUUCUUUUGACUAAAGUUAAAGGCUUCCUUUUCAACUCGCCGAAUUAGAUUGCCUACUUCUGGCUCCCGAAAAGUCUCAUCAUGCACUCCAAGAUUUCUCUCGCCGUAGUGGCAGCAUCGCUUCUUACCCAGACAUCCGCCUACAUUCGAUUCUCAUGUGCAAAUCAUGUCGUUGAAGAGCGUGCAGAUCCUAUCGUCAAUCCGGGGGCCGUAUCUGCUCACGCCCAUAAGAUUGCGGGAGGAAACGGUUUUGGCUUUGAAAUGACUUACGAUCAGGCUCGAGCUUCCCAAUGCUCGUCGUGCCCUAUCACGGCAGACUUCUCCAACUACUGGACCCCUAAGCUGUACUACCAAGCUCAAAAUGGCAGCUUCCAGAGCGUCCCUACUGUUGGUGACAAUGCUCAAGAUCUAAAUGGCGGGAUGACAGUCUACUAUCAACAACGUGGUCCUGCAGCCAGCGAUGGUACUUUGAAAGCAUUCCCCGCUGGAUUCCGCAUGCUGGCGGGUGAUACAACCAAGCGCAACUUUACUGGUGGAUUCGAUGCCCAGGCUAUAUCGUUUGCUUGCCUUGGCAGCAAUCAACCAGAGACGAAUGAGAUUCCAAACUACAAAUGUCCAGGUGGAUUGCGUGCUCAAGUUUACUUUCCAUCUUGCUGGGAUGGAGUAAAUCUAGACAGUGCAGAUCAUAAGAGUCACAUGUCCUAUCCUGCAAGCGGGGCGUACAAUAAUGGACCUUGCCCUGCGUCUCAUCCUGUCCAGCUCGUCAGCUUGUUCUAUGAGGUUCUGUAUGACACUGCUCAAUUCGAGUGGUAUGGCAGUACUCAUCCUUUCGUCUUCGCUAACGGUGACGCGACCGGCUAUGGCUUCCAUGGAGAUUUCGUCAAUGGUUGGGACAUCGACACCUUGCAAGCUAUUGUGGACACAUGCACCGAUGACUCCAAGUUCGGCAGUAUCGACAAGUCUGCCUGCCCACCGAUUGACCAAUUCACUACUGACCAACAGAAUGCCUGCAAGCUCCCUCCUCAGAUCGAUGAACAAGUUGCAGGUGCUCUUCCAGCACUUCCGGGCUGCAAUCCUGUAACCCGGGGACCCGAACCAGCGCCUUUACACCCCACAUGUGAAGGUUAUACUGCCCCGACUAUUGGCCAAGCAGCCACCUACUACACCGACCUUACCGUUUCGAAGGGCUGGGCAUAUAUGGGCUGCGGAAGCGACGGCAGCACUCGCACUCUCGACGGCAAGCAGUCCGUUUACAUGGCUGGCUUUGGCGACGAUAUGACCGUUGAAAAAUGUGUCGACUGGUGCGCAGGCUAUCAGUACGCUGGACUAGAAUAUGCGUCCCAAUGCUUCUGCGGUAACUCCAUUGCAGCUGAUCGGUUGCCACAGGAUGGUAUUCUAGGUAACUGUCAGAUGAAGUGCAACGGUGAUAAUGGAGAAUAUUGCGGCGGUCCGAACGCGCUCAGCUUGUACAAGAAGUGCACAGAUGCUGCAAGCUGCCAGAAUGCUCAGUUUGGCGUUUCCCAUAACACCACUGCCAGCGCAUAAAUUAAGGCGAGCCUUAUCACAGGUUGCGAGGCAAUUUCUUUUCUUCAAAUGUAUAUAUUCAUCAAUUUUUGUGAGACUGCUCAGGAGCAGUGGGCCGUCGAUACUUGUAUGCCAUUGUAUUCACUAGACGAGAAGUUUAGCAAUUCUGGAAUCCAAGUGCAAAGUCGACGAAAUAAAACAAAUGGCAAUCUGCGAAAAAUGUAGAUGAAC